GUGUGUGUGUGGUGUACUGCGCCUGUAAGGAGGAUAUGGAGACCAAAAAGACAAAAAAACGCAAACAACCGUCAGGCCUACAAGACGCCACAAUUGCCAUGCCUCUGAUGAUCGCUCUUCCUUCGCCAAAUAAAACAUCCGGUGCAUUUCGUGGUAAAAAGGUAACUAGGGUUUCGGGUUCAGCACCAUGUACGCCAAUCAAAUCAUCAAACAAGGAUCAUGAAAUUGACGUAAACCAUGAGACGCCGAGCAAAUUGAAGGCCAAGUUUAGGCCAAAAGUGAUGGCCAAUUCCCCAACUACAAAGGCGACUCCUUCCCUUUCUUCCGGUGGUCGUCGGAGAGGAGAUUCAAAUGUGAAGUCAUCUUGCAGAAGACGUUUGGAUUUUGAUUCUGCAUAUAUCCAAACAAAAAGGAUGCUGGUCUACACUGAGGGGGGCUUUUGCUUCACCCGCAACGUGAGAAAGUAUAUCGCAGAUGACCAACAGAAGAGUUUGGAAUACAAUGAGAAAGAGGAAGACGAAUGGUGUAAGAAAGAGCAGGAGUUAUUCCGACAAAGGGCUUUGUGUUUCAUCAACUCCAUGCGUCUUGUUCAAGGAAAUAGGCCUUUCAUGGGUUGGAAAGGUUCUGUCGUGGACUCUGUAGUUGGUGUUUUCUUAACACAAAAUACAGCAGACAGUUAUUCAAGUUCUGCCUUCAUGUCUCUGGCUGCAAAAUACCCCAAGGAAAAUAUCAUUAAUAAUAGUGACAAUCACACUGAAGACGCGCUGGACUGGAGUGCAGUUCGAUGUGCACAGGCUGAUGAGAUCUCUAAUGCCAUCCAAGAAAGAGGCAUGAACAAUAGACUUGCAGCACGAAUCAAGAUGUUCCUUGAUAGCAUACAUGAUAAAAACUCUGGGCUUCUUGAUCUUGAGUGGUUAAGAAAUGCUAAACCUGGAAUAGCAAUGGAUUUCUUCUCUCGGGUAUAUGGAUUGGGUAUAAAAAGCAUGGAAUGUGUGCGUCUGUUGACACUACGACAACGCGCAUUCCCUGUUGACAGACAUAUUGCUAGAAUAGUGGUUCGCUUGGGAUGGGUCCCAAUUAAAAAGCUUCCUGAUGACGUUCUCAUACAUCAGCUAGAAGAGUACCCUAUCAUGAAAUCUGUUCAAGAGUAUCUCUCACUCAGGCUUGGCAACCUUGAUGCCGAAACAUUGUACGAACUUCAUUAUCAAAUGAUCACUUUUGGAAAGGUGUUUUGCACGAAGAAGAAACCAAAUUGCAGUUCUUGUCCAUUAAAGAAAGACUGCAGUCAUUUUGCCAGUGCAUAUGCAAGGCCUGAACCAUCAGAGAAAAAGACAUUUGUUCCAGUUUCAUCUUCCGGACAAAAGAAAAACACUAAAAAUGGAUUCGAACAAGAUAUCGAAGAUCAUUGCCUUGGUCCUGUGAUUGUUAAAACCGAAGAGCUUAUGAAAAAUGCAGUAGGCCGAUCGAGGACAGAACACCAAGUCUAUGAGCUUCCCGAUUCGCAUCCUCUUGUGCAAGUGUUGGACAAAAGAGACUUUGAUGACAAGAAUCCUUAUCUACUUGCUAUAUGGCCACCAGAACGAGAAGAUGGAGAAACCCUCCAGAAUCCUUCCGGAAUGCUCAAAGAAGAAUACAAUUCACUAAAAUCAACAGAUUCACAGGAAGAAGAAGAGAUGGUGUUUGGAACAUAUUUGGUGCCAUGUCGGACAGCAACUAGAGGGUCAUUUCCACUUGAUGGGACAUUCUUCCAGAUCAACGAGGUAUUUGCUGAUGAUGAAUCGAGUAGAAAACCACUUGUUUUCCCCCGAAGGUUGUUAUGGGGUCUGACUAAAAAGAUGCUAUUCUGUGGAACAUCUAUAUCAGCAAUAUUUGAAGGUUUGUCGGCUCAGGAAAUACAAGAUUGCUUUUGGAAAGGAUAUGUUUGCAUAAGGGGUUUCAGCAUGAAGACAAGAGCAGCAAGGCCUUUGCCAGAGCAAUUCCAUCGAAAAGGAAAAUCACCAACAAAACGAACCAAUGAUGGAUGAUGCACUCACUGGAUCUGACAGCUUUUGUUAGACUAUCUAUUUGGAGGUUAUGCAUGGGAUUGGAUCCAACGUACUUUUGUUAGACUGUCUUUAAGUUAAAAGGUACAAAAUUGAAUUACACGGCAGGAAGAUAAUAUAAUUUUUUUGGGCACUUUGGAGCCAAACAUAUGAUAUUCGUUUUUCUCAUUUAACUUAUGAUGAGAUGGAAUGAAUUACUUUUGGUGAAACCGCAAAGGCAUGU